ACGAAGCUCAUACCCAGAAUGCAAUAGGAAGAAUUGCUUUUUAAUUUGUAUUAUAAAUAUAAACGUACUCAAAACAGUGGAAAAGGGGUAACGCAGUAACUUUUGAUUUUUGCUAUUAUGACUGCGUGCGGCUAGGACAUACGGUAACCUAGACAAAAUAAACACUACCUGAUAGACCUGAUAUACUAAAGAAAGAGUUUAAACUAGUACCCAUUUAUUACAAAUAAAACAUCUAAAAUCCCGAUACAAUUUGCUACGGCGUAGCCGCGUAGCACGUAGGUGAGCUUGCAAGUGGUUACAAGCUCUACUGGACGCAGAACAAAAGUUACAUCGCAUCGCAGCGAUGCGUCGGGCAUCGCACUCGCAGUUUGAACCGAGGACGUCACUGGACCGCACGUUGCAUUGGCACCACAUCAGCAAUGUUCCUGACUUACACGAUGAUUGUGGCCGCGGGCCUGCUGGCGCUGCUGCCCGGAGCGCGCGCUCUGCCGGGCGAGCCGUUCUUGCGCUACGACCCCGUCUUAUAUACGAUUAAUCCGGAGGCAGAAGCGAGAAGCGAUGAACCUUUUGAGGAGUUGGGUGUCGACUUCAUAAAGAUGCCUGAUAACGCUGAGAAAGGCUACAAGCUGUAUAAAUUCAUAAAAGGGCUUCAACGUAGACGAGAGCUUCAUCAGAAAUCGUCUCGUUUUCCCUACAGGCCCCUUUUGAACACAGGCUUUGUGGAUUUGUGGGUCGAUCGCAUCCCUGCCCCAGAACUCCCUACCAAACAAACUCUUGUAGGAAACGAGAUUGACACCCAAAAGACAGUUCCGGAAGAACCAAAGAAGGAUGAGGUUAAACAAGAAACACUGCAAGUGAAGAAUGAACCUGAUGCGAAUUGCACCAAACCGAAACUAUUCUUCAACUUUCUUUUCACCUUCAACAAAAACAUUCACUACAUUUUCUUCUUUGUUAUCGAACACGACAACAACAUACUUGCCAACAUGUAUUAUUUAGAAUCUUAAAGACACGUCUUCAGUACCGUUGAAGCAAAGGAGUUGCGGUUUGCAAAUUUUACUUCAUCAUUCCGAGAGCGAUGUACUUCUUUCUGUUUCAACAUUUGAGAUAUUGUUGUUGUCCAGAGCUUAACAUUUGAGCUUAAAGGGAAAAACCUAAGUGAAACACUUAAAAGCUCUUCUUAGAUAAAAUAAAUUUAAUCUGAUUAUUUUGGAAGGUAGAAAUAUAAUUUCGCACGUGGCUCAACGGUACGUACUGUAAAUUCUCUUUAUUUAUGUGUGAUGUGGUAUGUGGACUAAGCUGAAAAUAUCUAUACAACUUACUUUCUUAUUUUAUGCUAAUAUCAACCCAAUACUUCUUUGAUUAGGUACCUAAUCGUCUGUAAUAGAUCUAAGAGUUAUCGAUGUCAAUGGUUUAAAUAUCUAUCUAUGUGUCGUAGAGAAGGUAACAUGGUUUCCUAAACUUAAGUUUCUUCUUAGUGUAGUAGGACAUACAUGUUUCUUGUUGUAGGAUUAUUCAAACACAUUAGACUAAGCAUAAAUAUAUCUACAUUGUGACAAAUAUUUAUAUAUAUAAGUACCUGGUACAAAGUCACCAAUAUUAAAAGAACUUCGGGAAACCUGCGUGUGUAGUUCGCAGAUAAUGAAAGACAAUUAUUUUUACCUGUUAGUACAAGGUGGUGUUGUACCUAUGAAUCUAAUGAGUAUGAUAUUAUAUUGUGACUUGUGUAGUGCUCAACCUUGGCCAAGAAUGUUUGAAACAAAACCGAAUCUCAGGCAAUUGCGCGAUGCUGGCCACAAUAAUAUGAGUUCAAUAAACACUGGUGAACUAACUGUAGGCAGAUUAAUUGUGUCUCACAAGAGUCACGACUCACGAAUCACUGUAGUUACCUAAUAUGUAAGUAUUUUUGACCCAAUAUUUAAAGGUUGUUCCCUAACCCCUAGUUUCUAUCUUACUGUUAAAGAAUAUCUAAUAUUAUCUAUUAAAGAAUUUAGAAAUGU